ACAGAUGCCUUAGAUCCAGUGGUCACAGGCCAGCUGGGCAAACCUGUGACUUUAACAUGUGAUUUGAACAUGGAGUUUCAGAGCCAGGACUGGCUUCAAUGGUACAAGCAGACUACAGGAGAUACUCUCAAAUUAAUUUCAGUCCUGCAGAAGAAUGCAAACCCUAUUUAUGGAGCUGGAUUUUCACCCUUAAAUUUCAACUCAGCAUAUGAUAACAAAAUGUUUAACCUGACGAUCUUGAGGACUGCUAAAGAAGAUAAAGGAAUGUAUCACUGUGUGCAUAUGAACCGGUAUAAAUCUAUAUGGAAUGGGAGUUACUUAUCAUUAGAAGGAAACACUGAGACAACAUCAAGCUACCGUGUUGUUCAGCAGCCAGCUGUUCUAGAUCCAUCCCGUCCAGCAGACUCAGAUACUCUGCAGUGUUCACUCCUUUCUCAGCCUGAGGAAAAGACCUGUUCAGGAGAACCCAGAGUGUUCUGGUUAAGGACCAAACUAGGCAAGUCUGUUCCAGAUAUCAUCUUCACUGAUGGAAAAACACCUGAAAAUUGUGAGAAGCCAUCAAACGCUGAGAGCAGAUGUAGUUAUAACUUCUCUAAGAAGGUUUCCGCUUCUGAUCUUGGAACAUAUUACUGCGCAGUGGCCACAUGUGGAGAGAUAUUACUUGGAGACGGAACCAGAGUUGAAAUUACUCAUUCAUUAAGUGACAUGUCUUUGGUAAUAACAAUGAUCUGCUUGGCCAUAUCUGUGCUUUUGAAUAUUGGCUUAAUUUGUUGCCAAACUCACAGAAGAUCACUCAAAAACAGAAAAAGAUCUUCUUCACAGACACAACAUAACCACACAAGGCAACCUGAUGAGUUUGGACGGAGAACAGGAGAGAGGUGAAGACUAAAGAAAGUGUGUAUUCAAAUGUCAGAUUCAGUCAUUUAGAAUAUACAUCCUGAUGAAGCUCCUUUGUCUGAUUAAAUAUACCUU